AUGAGUACUACAGGGAAAGUUAUCAGGUGCAGAGCAGCCAUAGUCUGGAAGCCUGGUGGAUCAUUUUCCAUUGAGGAGGUAGAAGUGGCUCCACCAAAGGCAAAAGAAGUUCGCAUAAAGAUGGUGGCCACUGCGCUCUGUGGGACCGAGAUGAAAGUGUUAAAGGAUAUAAAUCUUCAGCACCAACACUACCCUAUCAUUAUGGGCCAUGAAGGAGCUGGAAUAGUCGAGAGUGUGGGAGAAGGAGUGAGCACAGUGAAAGCAGGAGAUAAAGUUAUCACACUCUUUCUACCACAAUGUGGAGAAUGCACCUCCUGCCUUAAUUCUGCAGACAAUUUUUGUAUAAAAUUCAAACAGGAAGAAACCCACCUGAUGUCUGAUGGUACCAGUAGAUUUACCUGCAAGGGAAAACCAGUAUACCACUUCGGGAAUACAAGCACCUUCUCUGAAUACACAGUAAUGAAUGAAAUCUCAGUCGCCAAGAUCGAUGCAGCUGCACCUCUGGAGAAAGUAUUCUUAGUUAGCUGUGGUUUUUCUACUGGGUAUGGUAGUGCAAUCAAUACUGCCAAGGUGACCCCAGGCUCCACUUGUGCUGUGUUUGGCCUGGGAGGAGUUGGCCUGUCUGUUAUCAUGGGCUGCAAAGCAGCUGGAGCAACCAGGAUCAUUGCAGUGGACAUCAACAAAGACAAAUUUGAGAAGGCAAAGGAAGUGGGUGCCACUGAGUGCAUCAACCCACAGGACUAUGAGAAACCCAUCCAAGAAGUUUUAUUUGACCUGACAGGUGAUGGUGUGGACUUUAGCUUUGAGGUCAUUGGAAAUCCAGAAACUGUGGCAGCUGCCCUGGCCUCCUGCCGUGAGAGCCAUGGGGUCUGCGUGAUUAUUGGGUUAAUCGUUGGUGUCCAACUCAACAUCAGUGGCCACUUGUUCUUCUCAGGACGUUCUUUAAAGGGAUCUGUUUAUGGAGGCUGGAAAGGCAGAGAUGGUGCCUCUAAACUGGUUUCUGAUUAUAUGGCAAAGAAGAUUAACCUAGAUGCACUAAUUACCCAUACUCUGAAUCUUGACAAAAUCAACGAAGCAGUUGAAUUAAUGAAAACUGGAAAAUGCAUCCGCUGUGCCCUGUUACUUUAA